GAAUUUUGCAAAGUCACAAUCCCUAUUCCAGCAUGAGAACGCCAUCCGAUCCAGCUUCCAGGAUUGGAUUCCUUUUCAAAUCCCCCAAGAAGUGGACACCACAGCAUAUACAAGCCGUGAACCUGAGGGAAAUCGGUCCUGUUCCCGCGUCAGACAUUGUUGGAGCGACAAACCUUCCAGACGAUUCAGACUCAACCUAUUCGCGCUUGGCUCGUGACUUUACAAAACCCACAAAGGAAGAGAUUAUCCACUAUUCAUCCAGAAUUUACCGCUUCGAUGAUAGUCGACUUGAUGCGAUUUUUAACACCAUCUCGAUAAGUUCUAUUCCAAGGGGUGACGGUGUUCCACAAUCCGGUUUCUUUGCUCGCUCGAUUAUGAAGGAUCUGAGAUGGGUCUGCGACUUUCCUAGUAAAGGCCUGUGGCUGUCAACUUAUUUCAUUCCAUUCCAGCUCGCAAACUGUCAUAUCCGAGGGAAAUUGCAUUGUGAUGGUGCCAUUACUAGGGAAGGGCCUGAUGGAAACCAAACCCCGUUGGCAAUCUAUAACACUGCCAUUGAAGACGACGAGGAAAACAAAAUGAAAUGCGAAAUCCCAUUUGCUUUAUUUCUGCUGGCGAUAGCGUUCGACGAGAAUCCCAACCGCGAAUCAUAUACGUCUUUUGUCAUUACAGUCAACGAUACAUCUCUACGAUUCACAAAGGCGGUUGCCUCCAAGUCCUAUCUCGAAAGUCUCUUCCAAGGCAGGCAUUUGACCGAGUGUCUAGAGAUCUCUCGAUCGCGAGGUUACGAUAUCUUGGAGGUGGAAGGACGGAGGGAUUUCCUACGGAUUUUUUUAGGUCUACUCCAGUUCUUCGCCAGCCUCUGCAACGAUUUGUUGGAGCCAACGGAAGAACAGCUCAAGCAAUGGGCUACUUGCAGCAAUGGCUUCCGACACAACAAAUUCAUCUCGCUCUUUGAUGGGCUGGCUACCUCUAUGGCAACUGCAACAUUAUCGCUGGAGGGGAGUACCAGUGACCCCAGCCCUGGUCGAUCCGAAUCCUCUUCUGGUGAGGAAAACAGCCCAGAAAACUCUUCCCGUGAUGCCCUGCGUGAGUUCGGGCAAGCAAUUCUGCGUGAUUUGGAAACAGAGAGACAAGAGCAAACCUUGGGGGCUCAAUUCCACAGUAUUAAGGUAAAAACGAACGACAUCCACCUGAAAAUUUCUCUCGGCCCUCCCGAUCUUCUUGUUCGACCCAUCAAUACCCGCACGGACGGUGGUUUGAUAAUGAUGGGUCCUGCGUCUGGAACAGGGUCAGAUCGACCAUCCGGAAUUGCGCUGGUUUCUUUCGAGUCAAAAAGACGCCACGCCGGAGGACACCACCGUGCAGCCGGUCAAUCUGAGACUAUGAACCCAAAUACUUUAGGGCAAGAGGUCGCGCACCUUCUGGGUGCUGCGAUGGAACAAGAUGAGAAGCUUAAAGACGAUCGUCUUGAUCAAGAAUCCUUCUUGAUAACUAUUCAUGGAACUCAGCUACGAAUAAUCGCAGCGUUCUUUUCCAGCGAAUACAUAUCAUAUGUCAAGGGUGAAAUCUUGCCAACCCACCAACAUGUCUGGGCUCGCAGAUCGAGAAUCUUUGACCUGAAACACCCCUCAGAUCGUAAAAUGGCUCUGCGGGUGACAAUAGGCAUGGUCAAGUACCUCUACAGCGGACUUGCGGAGAUGAAUGAGCUGAGACUUGUUGCUCAGGAAUUCCGGAACGUCAGCUUGUCGUCUUGA